AUGGCAUCUAAUUCUCCAUCUUCUCUCUCUCCUCCGGAGGUGCCGACGGAGCUUCACGUACUCAAUCGAGAGAAACUCAUCAAAUCUCUACGUCAACACCUCUCUCUAUCCUCUCUGCCUCUCCAGGGCUUCGUCUUUCUUCAGGGUGGCGAUGAGCAAACUCGGUAUUGCACGGAUCACAUCGAGCUCUUUAGGCAGGAAAGCUACUUUGCUUACUUGUUUGGAGUGAAAGAGCCUGGGUUCUAUGGAGCUAUUGAUUUAGCAACCGGGAAAUCUAUGCUAUUUGCUCCCAGAUUAUCUGCUGAUUAUGCUAUUUGGUUGGGUGAAAUAAAGCCAUUAUCCUACUUUAAGGAAAGAUACCUGGUUAGCAUGGUAUUCUAUACUGAUGAGAUUUUAAAAGUUUUGCAUAACCAGUACCAGGGAUCUGGAGAACCCUUUUUGUUUCUAUUGCAUGGGCUCAACACUGAUAGCAAUAACUUCUCAAAACCAGCUGAAUUUGAGGGGCUGGAUGGGUUUCAGAAAGAUCUUAAUACCUUGCAUCCUAUUUUGACAGAAUGUCGUGUUUUGAAGUCAGAUCUGGAGCUUUCUCUUAUCCAGUUUGCCAAUGAUAUAAGCUCUGAAGCUCAUAUUGAGGUUAUGAGAAAAACAAGAGUUGGCAUGAAAGAGUAUCAAUUGGAAAGCAUGUUUCUGCACCACACGUACAUGUAUGGUGGCUGUCGGCAUUGUUCAUACACAUGUAUUUGUGCUACAGGUGAAAACAGGUGAUUUUUCGUUUUUCAUUUGUCCCAAUUAAACCUAUCAUGUGUGAGGGAGAUCAAAAGGGCGGCUGUCUCAUGAGAACUGAUGUAAAGAGCCCAUUCAGAUAGCUGGUGUGCUGCAAAGUUGCAAGUUUGGUGGACCUCCCCAUAUUUUUUCUCGGCAAUUUCUAGGGCUGAGCAAGAUGGUUUGUGAAGGGUGGACCUUUGUUUCAGCCAGAGAUAUCCCUUUUAGCCUAUCUCUUACCACCCUUUUCAAGUCACUCUCAAGUAUUACAUUAUCCUAGCCCAGGAAAUAGAGGUACCCUACUGUUAAUUGUAGGGCAAGCACUUCUGCUAGCUUAGCAUCUAAAUUAUGGAACAUACUGGACCAAACUCCUGACACAUACCCACUUUGGUCUCUAACCAAGCAGGCUACACUGGUGGUGCCUUUUUCACUGGUUUUUACUGAUUACACUCCUUACAAUUUCCAGACACAUUUGGAAAACAGUUUUAAGACACUACUCUUUGAUGCUCUUGUUCUGGGUGCCUUAUAAUGGAAAGUUUGGUCUGACGAUGGUGUAAUUGGGAAUACUGUCAGUUAUCGGGAUACAACGACACUGUUUUGUAAUUUAGUUCCACUGUAAUUAUUAGCAGCUAACAGUUUUGGUGUUUUCAUUAACAGUUCUGUUCUCCACUACGGUCAUGCAGCAGCUCCAAAUGACAGGAGUUUGCAAGAUGGAGACAUGGCAUUGCUUGACAUGGGAGCUGAAUUCCAUUUCUAUGGUUCUGAUAUAACUUGUUCCUUCCCUGUGGGUACAUGUACAUUUGACAUUUCUUGUACUAUCUUUACAAUAAACCAUCGAGGACAUGGUUUAUGCUCAUUGCAGCUGGGUAUUGGUGUGCUUAAUUUAUGUUUAUGAUUUUUACCCCAUUUGACAGCAUCACAAAUGCAAAUGCAUGCUUGUGUCUGUUGCUGAAUUUCCCACCAUCCAUACAAGCUUUAACUAUUUGCUAAUGUCACAAGCCAUUCACAGUUAGUCUUUGCAGAUAUGAUGCUUUUGAGCUUUACAUUUUGUGGCGUCUGCAUGUGUGUUUCGUUAUAUGCAUAAGCUUACUUACAGAAUUUGUGUUCAUUUUGUGUUGGAGAUAUAGCAACUUAGUUUAUUAGGGUUAAUUAAGUUUUCCCUUUUUACCUUUUUACCCUUAUUAUAAUUUUCAUUGGCUAUAUAUACGGGGGCUCUAUACUUAGUUUGUAUUCCUUUUCUCUCUUCUAAAUAUUUCAAGUUGGUAUCAGAGCCAUCAACCCUAACCCUAACUCUAACCUUAGCCUCCACCAAACAUCGCAACCAGCGAGACGACAGCCUCCACUCCACUCCACUCCACCGUCUGCCUCUGCUACACCGACUGCCUAUCAGCAGCAGUCUUGCCACAACUACCUACAGCCUGCAUCAACCCAACCGAUCGACAGUACCCGGCGAAACAACCAAACAGCCCAACCUGCACCGACUGAGACUGCCCCCAAAGUCCACAGCCUGCAUCAACCCAGCAGCCCCAUCAAGCAGCCCCACUGACAGAACCCACAUACCAGCCACCGACAAACAAUACCCAUUAAGACCCAGCCAACAACCAGCCGACAAACCCACUCAACUCCAGACCAGCCUACUAGGACAAAACCAUUUGACUGCUUCUAUUCCCUCUACCAGCAAACCAUAUACACACUAAACAGUAGCACCGACCAUUCUAAACAGCACCGACAUAUACAAAGUAAAUAGCUAGCACCGACCAGCACCCCAAACAACCCAAACCAGAACCCAGUGUUGCCCCAGUCCAUUAAACAUAUACCAAACCAGCCCACUGUUCAACCAAACGCCAUAUACUGCUGGGUCACUACUCAGCCCACUGCCGGGUCGCAUUUUUUCGUUGUAACUUCAUUGUUCGCAGUCUUCGUCACAGUGUUGCCAGGUUGCAAUAUCUAGGACUGUUUUAAGAGGGGUUGAAUCCUCUUCUCCGUUGAUAUACUCUUGAUGCAGUAGAUCACUUAUUUAUAUUUAUUGGAUUUCUGGGCAUCGAUUAUUUGAGAGCUUUCUGAACCUUCUUUAUCUGUCGCUACUGUUCGAAUGGAAGUAUAUUGUUCUCUCUUAUUUUGUCCAUCUAUUUAUCUUAGAGUUGUUUUUCAGUCACGAGUGCCCUAGUAUUAUUGAUGAUAUGACUGCUACUGAGGGAGUUGAGAUCCUUACCAUUGAGACAUUUGUUAGUAUUUCCACCGGGUAUAGGGGUCGACAGCGCUCAGCCCAACGUCGUCAGGGUACCCCACAUCAGCGUAGAUAUAGGGAUUCUCGUCAGUGUGAUUAUUGUAACCGACGAGGACAUCUCAGGGCUACUUGUUAGAAGCUCCAUUUGGAGCUUAUGCCGUUUCCUCGCAGCCAUACUGCUGUCAUUGCUAUGGCACCACCACCUACAGUCAUUGCUCCUGCUACUAUUGCUACUGCUCCUCCUUGGCGGAGUGAUAUGGAUGCUAUCACUUCUCGCUUGGAUAUACUAAUGUCAUCCUUGACUUCUCAAGGUUCGAUUACUACUGCUGCCAUUACUACAGGUAUACCUCAUGUCUUUCAUACUUGUGCUAGUUCGUCUCCUCUUUGGAUACUGGACUCGGGUGCUAAUGGUCAUAUGACAGGUGAGACCCAUCAUUUCACCUCUUUUGACGAGCAGUUACAUACUCAAGUUCAAUUAGCAGAUGGUACACAUACCCCUAUUGUUAGUAGGGGUACAGUCCGCCUCCCAGAUGGUUUUACAUUACGUUCGGUGUUUCAUGCGCCAAAGCUGGCC